AAAGUACUGUCGCAGAAAACCCUGAUUACUGACGCAAUUUACCCGAAGCCCACAACAGUUGAGUUCUGAAAAAGGGUUGUUCUUGCCAACUGGUAUUGAACCGAGGCGCACACACACACAAACGCACGGGCAUGCAUACAUUCUGCUAGAACUACCCUUUCAAGUCUCCUGGAGACGCUCCACUUGCGACACGACUGGCUCAAGCCGCCUGCGUGCGCCGGCUUCUGGCGGGCGUUUGGGCGGAAAGUGUAUUGAAAAGCAGGCCUAAUGUCUUGAGGGCCAUCAACUACAGUCGAUGUUCCUGAGAAUAUCCGUGACUUUGGCCACUUGGGCCCUCGUGGAUGCUGUGCGGGAUGAGAUUUUUCAGGUCGGUCUUGAUCAGACCCUUGAGGGGAGGCGAGCUGCAAGGACGGCGCCCGCCGCGCGGCACGUGCGGCGUCUGGCGGCGCAACACGUGGCCCGACGAAGCGCGGCAGCGGUGCGGCGCGACCCGGAGAAGGGCGGCGAGCAUGGCGAGAAGGCUGAACAUGGUGAGCAUCUGACUGAGCAUUCAGCGACCGAGGAGGCCAAGCCAAACAGCACCAAUGGCACUUCAUCUGAGGAGGAGAAGAACGUAGGAGGCAAAGAAGCCUUUCAAAAGGCUUCUGAGAACUCGAAGCAGAUCGAAGAGAAGGUGGGAGAAGUGAAAGCUGCCACGGACCAUGCGACAGCGAAGUCGACGGAGGUGGAUAAGGACUUUUCCAAAUACGAUCAACGGCUGAAGAAGCUCGACGAGACGUUGGAUGUGGUCUCGCAGAAAUCAUAUAGAUGGCAGGAGGAGUUGCUGAAGAGCCUGGCGGAGUCGGAGGGCGAAAAGUACUCACCCCUGGCGAACGCACAGGCAGCCAUGCGGCAUGCAAAGGAGGGGAACACCACUGCGCCAGGUGACGCCUCCCAGGAAAAGGAGCAGAAACCUCCAGAGUCGCCCAAGUUGUGAACGACGACCGGGCGGAAGAAGAGCCGAGCCAGGGGCGAUCCGCAGAG